GCAUUGUUGCCGGAAAUGACGCCCCAAUUUAGCAUUAUGUUUACUAACGGCGGCUACACUGUCUCGUACCAGUAAAGUUGUUUGUUUCUUAAACUAAUACAACGAGUAGGGUUGAAAUAAUCCGAGGAUGGCGGAUCCCGCAGUAGCCUCGGGUGGCGCACUGAACGCAGGCGGGCGGGGCAGUGGUGGUAAGGCAGCUUCCAGUCCCUCAGAGAACUACUACCUGGCCCGACGCCGCACCCUGCAGGUUGUUAUCAGUGCCCUGCUGACCGAGUGCGGCUUCGAGAGUGCGGAGAAGGCGGCGGUGGAGACGCUCACGGAGAUGAUGCAGAGCUAUAUAACUGAAAUAGGUCGAUGCGCCAAAACAUAUUGUGAACACACAGCGAGGAGCAUCCCAACCCUGUCAGAUACAGUGGUCACUCUCAUUGAAAUGGGUUUCAAUGUGGACACCCUGCCUGUAUAUGCCAAGAGAUCACAGAGGAUGGUCAUAACUGCACCACCAGUGACGAAUGCACCCGUGACUCCUAAAGCGCUGUCAGCCGGGCAGAAACGCACGCAUCCCGCUCACAUCCCCAGCCACUUCCCAGAGUUCCCUGACCCUCACACUUACAUCAGGACGCCCACGUUCAGAGAGCCCGUGUCAGACUACCAAGUGGUGAGAGAGAAGGCAGCGACUCAGAGGAGAGAUGUGGAGCGAGCCCUCACGCGCUUCAUGGCCAAGACCGGAGAGACUCAGAGCCUCUUCAAAGACGACAUCACUGCCUUCCCAUUGAUCGCAGCCCGGCCGAGCACCAUCCCAUACCUCAGCGCCCUCCUGCCUUCAGAGCUGGAACUGCAGGCUCUGGAGGAGACAGACUCUUCAGAGCAGGACGAUCAAACAGACAGCGAGAACACAGCAGGGAACAUCAUCGCUGACGACCCAGGAGCGGACAAAGAGAACUCCAUGCUUCCUCCCAGUGGCGUCGUCCCGUCCGCCAAAGUCAACGAGGACAAUGUGAUCGACAACCCGUACCUCCGGCCGGUCAAGAAACCCAAAGUUAGAAGGAAGAAAUGAGUCAGGACGCACCUGAAUCAACAGACUCACAUUUGCCCCAGUGGUCGGAGCUUUCAGCAGUCCAGUCAGUGGCUCACUCCCCAGAGGGGUGGCCUGCCGUUGCGUGUUGUGGGACUGGCUGUUUUUCCUCUACAGGAACAGUACUGCUGUUGACGUCGACUUCUGUUGAACGUAACUGUUUCUUUCCUUUUUUUUUAGCGAGCACUCAAUUUGUUCAGAACUUGUGUGACACAAUUUAUUACCAACGUUGAAUUCAGUUCAAUUUCAUUGUUGUGUAACAUUCAGAACAUACAGACAUCCAUUUAUUCUGUGAAUUAAACAAAGUGUGUCUUUUUUAAAAAUCUCA